UCACACUCUCUCCUGUUCUUCAUGCACACAGCCGACGUCGAAAACACUUCAAUACUACUCAAACCACCGACAAUAUGUCGAGACCUGCUGGUUUACCACCGCGACCAGUAACUGCUGCGUACGACCUGCGUAGCAGCAACUCCUAUCGUCCACUCCCUCCCCCGCCGAAACUGAGCUACGACAACCAGGGAAGGGGUGAUUCGUCGCAUCGCAACAACGACACAUAUCGCCCUCGAGACUCCGACCAUCAUCGACAUGACGAAAACCGUGCACCUGGAACAAGCGCAUAUAGAGGCGACCCUCCAUCGUUUCCCAGGGGCGGUGCCGAUUUAUACAGGCCACCAUCGUCGGGCUUCUCGUUCAGACGAGAUGCGCCCGAGACCAUCGACAUAGCACGCACUCACGACAGCUAUCGUCCGUCGGGAGCCACGCGACGACACGGCCAAGAUCGAGGAUCGCGCCACCGUGACUCGCGACAGGACUCCAGCCGGCAAGGCGCACGAGGACGUGGCGGCUACCGCAGUCGCGGAGGAUUUUCCAAGAAGGCCGCGGAAAGACCUUUCUUGCAGACCAACCGCGCACCAACUCCAGAACUUAUGCCGGGUAUGGAUGAGACCGAGGGGGCUGCACCAAAGUACUUGGCUGUCGAAGACAUGUCAGAUAGCGAAGAAGCAGACAUGGAUGUCUCGGACGAUGAAGACUACAAACCCGAAGACGAGGAAGAAGAGCAACCCAAGAAAAAGCAGGUUCGAACCGAAGUAAAGGCUUCUGCGGAUGGCGACAGCGUUCCAAGAUGGUCAAAUCCAGACCCGUAUACAGCCCUUCCACCUCCAGACGAAUCAAGUGUCAAGAAGAAGGAUGUUGUGAAACUAAUUAGGAAGGCACGCGUGUCAGCCGGCCUUACUGAUGCAGCGAAGACUACUGCAGAGACGGAUGACUUCAUCUCAUUUGAUUUUGGCGAUGAUAACUUGGGAGCUGACGAGGACGAGUCUGAUGACGAAAGCGUUGUUGGAGUUCCAGGCGCGCCAACUGGACCGCGAAAUGGAACUUACAGUCACCGCGAAGAAGUCUUGGGACCUAGAGAUGUAGCAAAAUCCCAAGAAGUGACUACACCAACUGGAAAGUCCCGUGCUAUAGACAGCUCUACAGACCCGGAUCUCGGCAACAGGAAGCGCACAUACGACGACAAAAUCAAAGGGCCGUCGCUCGUACCAAAGCCAACCCCCAAAGGCCCCGCUACUGGGAAUAUUGUUAAGGAAUGGAAAGCCAAAGCAGGGAUUGACGAUACGCCAUGGCUUGCCAAUCACUAUCCCUCUUCAAAUAUGGGUUCAUGGCUUCACAUGGAAAUUAUGGACUUCUUCCAUCGUUUCAAACCUGCGGAGGUGGAAGAGAACAUGCGUGGCGCACUCAUUAGCGAUCUACGCCGCGCCGUUCAAAAGGUUUGGCACGAUGCUGACAUCUUGCCUUUUGGUUCAUAUCCUGCAGGGCUUUAUCUACCAACUGCAGAUAUGGACUUAGUGUUCGUGUCGCGCGGCUACAUGGAUGGAGGUUAUGGCAAAUAUACCAACAAAAACGCCCUUUUCCGUUUCAGAGAUUUCCUCGACAGAGAGAAGAUCGCAGCACCAUAUUCUAUUGAAGUAAUUUCCAAGGCCAAGGUGCCUCUGGUUAAGUAUAUCGAUUAUUACACUGGCCUUAGGGUAGACGUAUCUUUUGAGAAUGACACGGGCUUGAUAGCAAACAAAACGUUCCAGAAUUGGAAGGAUACAUUUCCUGCCAUGCCCAUUUUGGUUACUAUUGUCAAGCAGUUUUUGGCUAUGAGAGGCCUCAACGAGCCUGUGAACGGUGGCAUUGGCGGGUUCACUGUUACAUGUCUGGUUGUCAGCUUACUGCAGCACAUGCCUCAGAUCCAAAGCGGAAACAUGAUCCCAGAGCAUCACUUGGGCGAGAUUCUCAUGGAAUUCUUUGACCUUUAUGGCAAUGAAUUCAAUGUCACCACCACGGCAAUUCAGUUGAAGCCACCUGCAUAUGUUUCGAAGAAUAAUGCCAGACAGAUCGUCUACCGUGCGGGUAACCUUGAUAGAUUCUCAAUCAUCGACCCGAACAACCCAUCGAAUGACAUCAGUGGUGGCUCCCACAACACCCAAGCCAUCCGAAAGGCCUUCUCGCGCGCAUUCGAUGACCUAUUCAAGCACAUGAGCGAUCUAGCCACCAAAUCCAUCGAGGAGCGCAGAGGCCAGAGCGUCCUCGGCGUCAUCCUCGGCGGAAACUACUCGAGCUUCGAGGUCCAGCGCAACCACCUUGAGCGCAUCUGGCAGAAAGAGCACGACCGAAGAUGAACAAGUGUACGACUACGACGUUGCAACGAACGGGAUGUAUAUUACCCCAGGGAACUCCGGACGGGAACACACGAGCAUGGUAAAUGGGUGGCGGCGGUUGUCUUAAGGCGUAUGGCGCGUGAAUACAUACGAUACCCAACUGAGCGAGAUAGCUCAACAGUUUAGCAUUCAGAAACCUCUCUAUAGCCUUGUUGGCCUUGCUCCCAUCAUUCACAUUCGAUAGACAGAUUUUUGUUUCUCUCC